CCGAGAGGCGCCUAAGCAUGGAGGUGUUUCCGUCCCCUCUGGAGUCCGCCAGGUUUAUAGCCUCCAACAGCAAGGAUGUCUCUGUGGACGAGGAAGGGGUGCGGCGUGUGGCGGAGAAGUUGUUUGACAAAGCCUCGGCGGCGGAGUUCGGGCUGGCGGGGUGGAAGAGCCUCCACGAGCUGAACCCUCGGGACGCCAGCGAGGAGGCGGUGGGCUGGGUGUUCCUGGUGGACACCCUCAACUUUUCCUUUUGGUCCGAGCAGGAAGAGCGGAAGUGCCUGGUGAAGUACAAGGGUAAAACGUACAGCGGCUACUGGUCCCUCUGCGCCGCCGUCAACAGGGCGCUUGACGAUGGAAUACCUAUCACCAGUGCGUCGUAUUUUGCCACCAUGACGCUUGACCAAGUUAGGCACGUGUUCCGCUCUGACACUGAAGUGCCCAUGCCCUUGAUUGAAGAAAGACAUCGGGUGCUGAAUGAAAGUGGAACAGUUCUGUUAGAGAAGUUUGGAGGCUCUUUCCUCACCUGUGUUAAAAUGAGUGAGAAAAGUGCUCAAAAACUACUGCAUCUAGUACUGGAAAAUUUUCCUUCUUACAGAGAUGAAGCUUUAUUCGAGAAAAAAAAGGUGUCUUUCUACAAACGGGCACAAAUACUUGUAGCUGAUACAUGGAGUGUAUUAGAAGGCAAAGGAGAUGGCUCUUUUGGUGACAUUUCUAGUCUGACUAUAUUUGCUGACUACAGAAUUCCUCAAGUUCUUGUUCACUUAAAAGCAAUGAAGUAUUCUGAAGGACUAAUGAAGAAACUACGUGAAGGAACAAUUUUCCAGUCUGGAGAUAAAGAGGAGGUGGAGAUCCGUGGCUGUUCUAUUUGGUGUUGUGCAAUGAUUUGUAAACAUCUGCUGGAGCUGUAUGAGAAGAAGGGUCAGGACAUGCGUGAGAAGAUCAAUGCAGUUUUACUUGAUUAUUAUCUUUGGGACUAUGCCAGGGAUCACAGGGAAGAGAUGAAAGAUGUUCCUUUUCACCGAGUGCGGUGUAUAUACUACUAAGCUCAGUGUGAUAGCUAUUGAUGCAUUAUCUGCUGGGUUGCAAUUAUUUUCCUACAGUGGCUUGUCCUAUACCGAUUUGUAACUGGCUAAAUCAAAUCCUAAUUUUUUUUAUAAUGUUGAAAACUUGUGGGGUUUUUUUUGUUGGUUUUUUUUUUUUGUUUGUUUUUUUUUUUUUUCGCUCACCAGGACUGGAAUUAGUAAUGUAAAUUUUGCUGGACACUCCAUGUUAAUUCCGGGUUUAUUAGUCCUGGGUUGAGUUCCCCAUUCGUGUGUGUACAGAUGUUUGCAAACACACACUGGUGUGUACGGACCCACCUCUGUCUGUCCCAGCGCUCCAGGCAGGUGUGCCACGCUCGUCACCCCUGCGCCGAUAAUACCUCCUGCUGCUUGUGCUCAGCAAACACUCCCGUCCCGCGGCCGGGCUUGACAGGAGCUGCGAUCAUUCAAUAAACAUAAGUCGCACGGA